GGAAAACUAAUUAGCGAGUUAGCAUCCGCCAUUACCGAUCACCUUUCACCACCCAUUUGAGGAAAUGGGUUUUCACUUUUCAGCCUUGCUGUCACCUUCUAAAAUUGAACUUCUUUACUUUGCUAUGGAUCCAGCAGUAAUUCGUUGUUCAAAAUGCAAGGCUGCUUGUUGUUCGAAGUCAGCGGCGGCGCCUCCACCAAAGUCAAUAUUAAAAACGCCAGCGCCACCAGCACCACCCAAAGAAGCUGCGCCGCCUCCCCCGCCGCCGGAGCCUCCAAAGAAAGUCGAUCUCCCACCCGCGGCCAAUAAUGAAGUUGCUCCGCUUGUUGAUCCGCGCUCCGGUCACUGCAACGGCCGCGCGUUCCACCCAAGCGCGCACCCGUUUCCGCCGCCGGCCCACAUGAGAGGGUGUUGGGAAGACAUGGAGCCGCCGCUUUCGAUGAUCCCGAGGUUGGAAAACAUUGACGCAAGGGGCUAUAGGCCCCCCAAUGAGUUCUACUACGGUGCCCAUUACUAUGGCUAUCCGCCGCCGCCGAGGGAUUAUUACGGCCACCGUCACCGCCACGGACGCCACUACUAUCACUAUGGACCGCCGCCGCCCAUGGAAUACGACUUCCACCACCACCGCCGCGGUGGACCGCCGCCGCCGCCUAUGGAAUACGACUUCUACCAGCACCACCGCGGUGGACCGCCGCAACCACCACCACCACAUGCGUAUUACCCAUAUGGCGGCUACUUUAGUGAUGAGAAUCCCAAUGGUUGUAACGUUAUGUGA